CACUUCACCAUGGAAUAUGAAGUCAAGAAAGGAAAAAAGAUGUGUGCUGAGUACUUAUUUUGUGCCCUGCACUGUGCCAGGUGCUGGUGAUGAUGUAGUGGGCUUUGUAUCUCCCAUCCGGAGGUUCGUGUUCCCCAAGGCUGCACGCCGGGCAGCCUUUCGGACCAGUGUGAGUCGCCGGCCCCUGCACUCAAUUCCCCUUUAUCCCCCUGACUACCUCAUCGACCCCCAGAUUCUGCUGUGUGACUAUCUGGAGAAAGAGGUCAAGUUCCUGGGCCACCUCACCUGGGUCACCUCCUCACUGAACCCCUCCAGCCGAGACGAACUCCUGCAGCUGCUGGACACAGCCAGGCAGUUGAAGGAGCUGCCGAUGAAGACCACGGCGGAGCAGGACAGCAUCCUGAGCCUGUCGGCCCGCUGCCUGCUGCUCACCUGGCGUGACAACGAAGAGCUAAUCCUGCGCAUCCCCACUCAUGAGAUCGCCGCCGCCUCCUACCUGCAGGACGACGCGCUGCACCUGCUGGUGCUUAAGACCGGCGCGGGCAAGCCGGGCGGCAGCUGGGAGCGGAGGCAGGCGGGCGGCGGCGGCGGCGGCAGCUGGGAGCGGCGCCACCCGGGCCCCAACCCACUCGACCCGCAGGACCCCAGCCCCGACGCCUACUGCAACCUUGUCAUCCUGGCUGUGGCCAACAGGGAUGCGGCCGAGGAGUCCUGUGCUCUCAUCUGUCAGGUCUUCCAGAUCAUCUACGGGGACCAGAGUAUCGAGUGCGUGGACCGGGCUGGCUACCACUACACUUCGACGCCCGAGCGGCCGUGGCUCUGCAGUCGCAGUGAGAGCUGCCGCACAGACGGGACGUACGCCUAUGAUGCCGACUUCAGCUGCUGCAGCUCCUUCAAUGGCUCCCAGGAUACAUUUGAAGCGUGUUACAGUGGCACGUCCACACCCUCCUUCCACGGCUCCCACUGCAGCGGCAGCGACCACAGCGGCCUGGGCCUUGAGCAGCUGCAGGAUUACAUGGUCACGCUGCGGAGUAAAUUAGGGCCCCCCGAGAUCCAGAAGUUUGCAGUGCUGCUGCGGGAGUACCGGCUGGGGCUGCCCAUCCAGGACUACUGUGCAGGCCUGCUGAAGCUCUAUGGAGACCGGCGCAAGUUCCUCCUCCUCGGGAUGCGGCCCUUCAUCCCUGACCAGGACAUCGGCUACUUCGAGGGCUUCCUGGAGGGCGUGGGCAUCCGCGAGGGUGGCAUCCUCACAGACAGCUUCGGCCGCAUCAAGCGCAGCAUGAGCUCCACGUCGGCGUCUGCUGUGCGCAGCUACGACGGUGCGGCCCAGCGGCCCGAAGCGCAGGCCUUCCACCGGCUGCUGGCCGACAUCACGCACGACAUCGAGGCGCUGGCGCCUGACGACGAGAGCACGGAUGAGGAGGCCCAGGACUCCCCGGGUGGGGGCGACCUGGUUGAGGACAACUACCUGUAGCCACCACCCAUGCGGGGAGGGGGGCGGGGAAGAACCUGCAAACCCUCCUGUAUCGCAUUUGCUCCUGCUGUGGGACCCCAGCCCCAGGGCCCCCCUCCUGGGGGGCCAACCCUGCCCUGGGGCCUCCAGUCUCUGCAAUACCGAGCAUGGCCUGCAGGAGGCGGGACCCCAAGGUCGUGGGCAGUUGCCUAAGGCUCAGUGGACCCCUCUGCCAUACCUGUGUGGCCAUCACUGCACUCUCUCACUAGCGCCAGGCUCGGCCCAGGACAGCCCCUCUCUCCCACCACUCCUGCAGCUUUCUGGAGGCCAAGUGAGGGAUGGGGAGUGGGCUCCAGCUGCUGACAGACUGAGAAAAGAAUUCCCAGAGCCCAGAGACCUCUUGUUUGAGAAACCAAGGUUCAAAAAAAGGUGAAGGAACUUGAGGAAAUCUCCUAUUUCUUCUUAGAGAUUGCCUCAAAGUACACAUACUAAAUAGCGUAGAGGGCCUUUUUAAGACUCCACGUGGCAGGGUCGCCCCUCCCCUGAUGGUAGGAAUUGGAUCACCAGUGUGGAAUAUCUCUACUGACAGUUGAGUCAGAGGUUGGUGAUGGGGGUCCCAGUCUUGGCUCUAAGACUCUGAACAAGUUGCUUGUUCAGAUCUUGGACUUGGAGCCAGACAGACCUAGGGCUCCCCUCUGGUCAGUGCUCUCACCUCUUCGUGACUUCCAUUCCCUAAUCUCUCCCCUGAGGUUGGCCCACCCACCUCACAGGGUUGGGUGUGGUGAUGAACAAAAGUAACCAGACCUUAAUGCUGGGUCUAGCACGUAGUAGGCACUCAAUAAAUGCUGUUCCCUUCUACAUCUAA